CUUAAUCAAACCAUUUACCCUAGACAAAAGUAUAGGCAAUAGAAAUUUUUACCCCAGCGCAAUAGACAUAGAACCGUCAGGGAAAGAUGAAAGAACUGUAUCAAGCAUCAAAAAGCAAAGACAAACCCUUAUAUCUUCUGCAUAAUGUAUUAACUAGAAAUAACUUUACACAGAGAAUUAUAGCCAAGUUCCCCAAAACCAGACGAGCUACCGAAGAACAGCUGAAAGAGCACACUUACCUAUGUGACAAAAUAGUGAGAAGAUUCAUAAGUAGCAGUGACAAGCCUACCGAGCCUGGUGAUAGCUGGUUGUCCAAGAUGGGAUCUUAAUUCAACUUUAAACUUACCCACAGAAUUACUUAAUCUCCCCAUAAGUUUAGACAGCUCUGUAGACCCUAGGAAACAACCUUCCUACAGAGAGUAAAAAAUAUUUCCACCAUAGUUGGCCCAAAAGCAACCACCAAUUAAGAAAGCGUUUAAGCUCAACAUCUAUCUUAAAUUCUAGUCACUCUACUGAACUCCUAACAUCACAUUGGACUAAUCUAUUACUUAAUAGAAGCAAUAAUGUUAAUAUAAGUAAUAUGAAAACAUUCUCCAUUGCAUAAGCUUACAUCAGACUGGAAUAACCCACUGACAGUUAGCCUAAUAUUAAUAAACGAUAUAAUAAGCUCUUUAUUAUUUACACUGUUAACCCAACACAGGUAUGCUCUAAGGAAAGAAUACAAAAAGUAAAAGGAACUCCGCAAAUUUUACCCCGCCUGUUUACCAAAAACAUCACCUCUAGCAUUACCAGUAUUAGAGGCACUGCCUGCCCAGUGACAUACGUUCAAUGGCCGCAGUAUCCUGACUGUGCAAAGGUAGCAUAAUCACUUGUUCCUUAAAUAGGAACUUGUAUGAAUGACCACACGAGGGUUCAGCUGUCUCCUACUUUUAAUCAGGGAAAUUGACCUAUCCGCGAAGAGGCGGAUAUAAACAAAUAAGACGAGAAGACCCUAUGUAUGGAGCUUUAAUUUAUUAAUGCAAAUAAAAACUUAAGCCUACAGGCCCUAGCCUACUAUCCCUGCAUUAAAAUUUUUGGUUGGGGUGACCUCAGAGCAUAAUUCAACCUCCGAGCAACCUAAACUAAGACUGCACUAGUCUAAGCAAGUUAAUAUGUAUUGACCCGAUAAUUUGAUCAACGGAGUAAGUUACCCUAGGGAUAACAGCGCAAUCCUAUUCUAGAGUCCAUAUCAACAAUAGGGUUUACAAUCUCGAUGUUGGAUCAGGACAUCCUAAUGGUGUCGCCGCUAUUAGGGGUUCGUUUGUUCAACAAUUAAAGUCCUACGUGAUGUGAGUUCAGACCGGAGUAAUCCAGGUUGGUUUCUAUCUAUUUAACAUUUCCCCUAGUAUGAAAGGACAAGAGAAAUAGGGCCCACUUCAUAAAGUGCCCUCGCUCCACAGAUGAUGCUAUCUCAAUCUAACAAAUCAUCACAUACCCUACCCAAGAACAGUGUUUGUUAAGA